UGUUUUUUAGACCUAAUGCUCUCCACCUUACAUGUACGCACGUACACAGGUGCGGUUCUUGUGGAGUGUGGGUACAUCACCCCUGGUAAUGGGAUGCCAUGGGGAACCUGGGACUCAACAGUACGUUUUUGUCCCCCAAACAGCUAUGCCUCCGCAUUUACCAUCAAGGUGGAAAACCAUAUUAACGGAGACGACACAGCCAUGAACGGCAUCCAGCUCUACUGUCGCUCCACUAGAACCGACCGUGAAGUGGGCGUUCGUAGCUCCGCCGUCGGUAACUGGGGUGUAUGGCAAG